UGUUCAUGCAGAAAGGCGUGUACUUAUCAUAAAUUUUGUCCACUCCACAAAUAAUUUGCCCACUUCUUUACAUUUCUAUGUCCAUGUAGGCUCAGUCUUCUGAGACUUCAGAGGUCCAUUCCGUAAGUGGCUCAGAAUUUCUCUGCAAGCCCUCUUCCUUCGUGCUUUGCGAAUUAUCAGUUAUUUAGCUCCUCGUCUUAUCAGAGAAGAAAAUCAUUGGCAUGUCUCAUACUCGGCUUGAUUUGUUGAUUUUCGGUGCCACAGGAUUCACCGGUCAGUUCGUCGUUACUGAAAUAGUGAGACUUGCAAAAGAGCAUGGAAACCUCACUUGGGGAAUUGCAGGACGGAAUAUCGACAAGCUGAAAGCAGCAUUAGAUAAAAGCUCAGAAAAAACAGGUGUGGACCUGAGCACAAUCCCAAUAGUUCUUGCUGAUGUCAAGGAUGAAGAAAGCCUCAAGGAAAUGGCUCAGAAGACAAAAGUUGUGAUCAAUUGUUGUGGGCCGUAUAGAUUUUUCGGAGAGCCUGUGGUCAAAGCUUGCGUUGAAAAUGGUGCAAGUCAUGUUGAUGUCAGUGGUGAACCACAGUUCAUGGAAUCAAUGCAAUUAAAAUACCACAAAGCAGCGGAAGAAAAUGGCGUGUAUAUUGUUAGUGCCUGUGGCUUCGACUGUAUUCCUGCUGACUUAGGAACCAUAUUUCUCCAAAAACACUUUGAGGGUGGGCUGAAUUCUGUUGAAAUAUUUUUGAAGCCUGGAGCAAUAAAAACAGAUAAAAAAAUCAAGAGAGGAGCGGCAAUACAUUAUGGAACUUGGGCAAGUGCUGUUUAUGGACUAGCUCAUGCCAAUGAAUUGAGUAGCAUCAGAUCCAAGUUGUAUCCACAAAGACUACCAGCUUUUCAACCAAAACUGAAACCUAGGCCGGUUAUUCAUAAAAACGAAGUUGUGAAUGGACGUUGGUGUUUGCCGUUCCUAGGAGCUGACAGGUCUGUUGUCAUGCGUUCGCAACGUCAUUUCUAUGACACUGGCAAAGAAAGACCUGUCCAAGUCUGCACUUACAUGGUUGUUCAGAAUUUUCUUGCUGUCAUUGGUUUAAUCAUCUUUGGUGCCUUCUUCCUCCUAAUGUCCAACUUUGAACUUGGGCGAAAAAUCUUAUUACAAUAUCCAAAGCUGUGUUCUUUUGGUUUUGUCUCUCAUGAAGGUCCACCAGAAGAGCAGGAAAAGCACACUGUCAUAAGUUUCGUUUUUCAUGGUAAAGGUUGGUCAGAAAAAGAGAAGGCCGAUUCUCUUCUUCCUAAUAAAACUGUUAUCUCGAAGAUCACACUUAAAAGCCCUGGUUAUGGAUUUACUGCCACAGCUGUCAUCCUAUCCGCUGUCAUGAUCCUCAAAGAAUCUAAGAAUAUGCCCUCAAGUGGUGGUGUCUAUCCUCCAGCUGCUGCUUUUGCCAAGACUUCUUUAAUUGAAGAACUUAUGAAAAAUGAUGCAAAGUUUGAAGUAAUCUCUACUUUAACGGAUCCAGGGCAAAAAGCUUAAUCUCUCAAGCAAACUACUCAAGGGAGAAACCGCCUCAGUCUUUUAAUCCUAAAAAUUUAGUUUAACUUCCCAAACAACUUAUCGUAACUCUUCAGAUUACUGAGCCACGAAUCAUUAGUUGCUUUUUGGAAUUGAAUCAACAUGCCUUUUAAAAAUGCCUUAACUAGUUUUAAAACUAGAUAGACAAAUCUGUGAGAUCCGGAAAAAAAAAGAAAAGUAAAAUAUUACAAAUGAGUUGUAUUUGAGCCAAACGUUUGAAAAGGUUCAUACCGCUAAGUGUACUUUUUGGAAUUUUCUUUUUAAAUUUUUUUCUUUCCUUUUUUUUACAGUUACGAAACAUUUUUUUGUGAGUAAAUAUUAUAUUAUGUUUGUACACGUCUUUAUCUGUAGCAUUAGUUGCCCCAGAGCGACUUAAAAUGCAAGUGUUUCUCCAAAACUGCUUUGGUUGGUAUUGCGUUAAUUUACAUUCCCGUUGCAUUUAUGUUGCAUGGUUUUUUCGUAUAUCAGUUUUGCAGAAGUUCAACAUUUUUUUAGCCUUAUUACUUUCAGAUUCCCAGGGCUUUAUAAUUUUGUAAUUUUCAAGAAAUGUGGUAGAGGGUCUAUAUAUUUUCUGGUUGUUUUAUUAUUUAUCUAGGUAUUAUCUAGUCUUAACUUUCUCACUCAAGUUUUCUUUCUGUUCCUUCAAUUAUUACCAAGUUAUUGCUACCCUUUUUCUUUCACUUAAUUAUUUAUAUGUACUCAUAUGUUAUGGUUUUUCUGAUAGGUUAUCAAUUUAUCAUUGUUCAAUUUGAAAAUUGCAAGAUUUCUCUGUUUAUUAAAAUCGUACCAAAGUAUAUCUCUGAAAA